AUGUCUAUUGUGGGCAUGAUUAUGUGGGAACUUACAACAGGUUGUAAACCUUUUGCUAAUGUUGAACAUGAUACUCACCUUGUUUAUAAAAUUUUUGAUGGAGAACGUCCUGAAAUUACAGAAGAUACAUCAGAAUGCUAUGCUAAUUUAAUGAAAAGAUGUUGGGAUGCUAAUCCCAAAAAAAAGACCUCUUAUAACAGAAAUUCAGUUAAUAAAUUUAAAAAAACUUGGUCCCGAGUUAGUAAAAAACCUUAUCCAAGUGCUAUAUAUACAAAUUACACUUCAAUAGAACUAGAGCUCAAUAUAGAUAUUAAAAGCCCAAAAAUUCUUGGAACUAAGCGAAAUAUUGAAGAAUUAGAUAUUAAUUCUUAUGGAAAUAGUGGUAUAUACUAA